AUGGUGGACGCGUGGUGGCCCGUCAUCGCGGCGGCCGUCCCGGCGAUCGUGGCCGGGCAGGUCUUCCGCGUCAAGCGGCGGCGCGACGAGGAGCAGCGCCUCAAGGCGGCGCGGGGCCGCGAGAAGAGCUCCGACGAGGUGUUCGUCUGCGAGCGCGUCUGCACCUCCAAGCGGAUGCUCAAGAAGGUGGGCGCCUUCUCCAAGGACCCCAUCCCGGACACCUGCGUCACCGUCUGCGGCGUCUCCGAGCUCGACGCCUGCGCCGACGCCUGCGCGCGCACCGUCUGCGUCAACCAGCACCAGGUGCCCAACUGGAACGACGUCUGCCUCAAGCGCUGCCAGAGCGAGUGCCUCAAGCUCUCAUCCACCAUCAUGUAGUACUACCUUAUCCUGGGGAUGCACUGUUUCCUGCUUCACUUUACUUGUUGCUUAGAGACUUCGGAAAUCUGUGGCUGUCGUUUAUAUAUCCGGAGGGGGGGAUUGGAGUUGAGUGAAAUGGCUUAUCCUGGUUGUUAUGCUCUGUUCA